AUUCGUUUUACCGCGUUUGAUGAAUGAUCAUCCAUUUGCAAUUGAAAAAGUUUUGGUGUAAUUUAUUCUGGUUACGUUGGUUUUAAAAUGCCUAAAAGACGAAGGGAGUCAAAAGAAGAACGUUUAGAAAGGAAGUUGAACAAAUAUAAGAAAAAAUAUGAACGUUGUAAAAGACGUAAAGACGAACAUUCAAAAGAUAAUAGAAACGAAAAUGUUGUUGGCGAUAUUGUGGAAAGUAUUGAAUCAGAAGAGGAGAUUAUUCUGGAAAAUAUCGAACCAGAGGAGGAGGAGGAGGUGGAAAUUAUGGAAGUUAAAGAAGAACAUUUAGAAGAGGAUAUUAUAGAAGCCAUGGGUCCACCGAUUAGUACUGAAUCUUUAUAUGGUCAACCAAUACAUCCGGAGAUUUAUAAAAGGGUCGAAGGUAUUUUGAUGGAAGGCUUGACUAAUGAAAAAAUUGAAACAUAUAAAAAAGAGCAACUAAUACCGGAAAAUACCAUUUUGUUAGAGGCACCACUACUGAAUCCUGAAUUACACAUGAUACAGGAGUCAGUAAAAACAAGAGAUAAAAAAAUUGAGAACCGCCAAAAUUUAUUAGGAUUAGCCACAGGCACAAUAUUAAAAUGUGUUGAUAAUUUAACCAAACAAGAUUUUAAUAAAUUAGAUAUCAUAAAAAACAUGACAGAGGCGGCCAGGAUUCUAGCCCACCUCCAUUCAGAAGAUACGGCAAUAAGAAAAAAUUUGUUAAUACCUCACUUAGAUAAAACCAUAUCUAAGACUCUUGCAGAUCUCAAACGGGAUAAAUUCUUAUUUGGAGAGAAAUUGAGUGAAUGUGUAAAGAGUGCAACAAGUUUACAAAAAUCUGCUUCAAAUCUUCUAAAGAAAUCUAUUCCAAAACCCUUUAAGCCAAGGCAAAAUUCUUCUACAAAAAACUAUUAUCCCCCUCAACAUCAAGGGACCCAGAGGAAGAUGUUCAGGGGAAAUCAAAAUUUUCAACGGCCGGCAACCAAGGUCCAAGCACCGGCAGUGACUCGCAGCCAUCCUCACAAACAAAAGAAUUACAGACAACAACGUGCCAAAUACCCAUAGAGGACACCUCACCCACUACAUGCACAACUUACCCUGGGGGCAUGCAUAUUAUCAGGACAGCGUUCCAACUAAAUAAAACCCCGGAGUCAGCAUGUGAUUUGAUGUUAGCAUCUCUGUCCUCAAAUACAUUAAAACAGUAUAAUACAUGUUUAAAACAGUGGUGGCAUUACUGUAUGCAAAACAAUCAUGAUAUCUAUAGGGCAUCAGUGACAUAUAUAAUAACAUACUUAACAGAGUUAUAUAAUAAAGGGUGUAGUUAUCAGACCCUUAAUUGCCAUAGAUCAACUCUUUCCUUAAUAAUAGGAUCACAUCUGGGAACAGAUGAAACAAUAAAAAGGUGGUUUAAAGGAGUAUAUAGGCUUAGACCACAAACUCCAAAAUAUAGUGUGACAUGGGAGCCUUCAAUAGUCCUAAAUUUUUUGCAAAAAUUGUAUCCACUUGAAUCACUUGCCUUAGAUAAACUUACCAAAAAAUGUGCUAUGUUGAUUGCACUCAGCACUGGGCAAAGGAUACAAACACUAUCUUUAAUUAAAUUGAGUGAUGUAAAUGUAACUGAGACACAUGUUACAAUACUGGUUUCAGACUUACUUAAAACAUCGGCUCCUGGAAGACAACAGCCAAUGUUAAUCCUACCAUAUUUUAAAGAAAAGCCUGAGAUUUGCCCAGCAAAAACUUUGUUAUUUUACAUUGAUACCACUAAAAAAUUAAGAGAUCAGGAUGGAAGUACACAAAAUAUUUUUAUAACAUUUAAAAAACCGUAUAGAGCAGCCACAUGUCAAAGCAUAAGUAGGUGGCUUAAACAAGUAAUGAGCGAAAGUGGUAUUGAUACAAGCACAUUUACUCCACAUUCAACUAGACAUGCCUCAACGUCUAGUGCUCUAAGACAAGGACUUACAAUAGAUAACAUAUUAAAGACAGUUGGAUGGUCAGAAAACUCUCAAACAUUUGCAAGGCAUUAUAAUAGACCUCUGUUAAAUGAUAAUCACCUGUUUGCAAAAACAGUAUGUAGGACAAACUCUACUUGAUUAAAAUUUAGUUUGAAAAAAUAUUUGUAAUUUACAUAUAAUUACUACUUAGUUGUGAUAGCAACCUAUUUUAAUUUUUUGUUCAGUGAAGUAACAUUUUAAUAAAAGUUGAUUUUCAAGUU